GGAGGGAAGGCGGGAGGGCGCGCGCCGGGGCCGCCUGCUCGUUCACUCGCUCGCUCGCUCCCUCCCUCCGCCGGUGGGUUAGUCAGUCAGUCAGUCCGCCAGCAGCCGGCGGGCCCGCGAGCCGCAGAGGGCCCGAGUCUCGGCGCCGGCGCCUUCUCCUGCUAUUGUUCGUCGGGCGGCUGCAGCGGCGGGCUCGGGAGCCCGGGCCCCCGGGCCACCGCAACAUUAUGACAACAGAGAAGAGUUUAGUGGCUGAGGCUGAAAAUUCACAGCACCAACAACAGAAGGAAGAAGGUGAGGGAGCCACAAAUUCCGGCCAACAAGAAACUCAGCUGGAGGGGCCUUCUCAAGAGGCAGCUGAAGGAGAUAAUCAGUGUGAACAGAAGCUGAAAACAUCUAAUGGAGAUACUCCUACACAUGAAGACUUAACCAAGAACAAGGAACGGACAUCAGAAAACAGGGGCUUAUCACGGCUGUUCUCCUCGUUUCUCAAAAGGCCUAAGUCUCAGGUGUCUGAGGAAGAAGGCAAAGAAGUAGAGUCAGCUAAAGAGAAAUGUGAAGGAGGUCAGAAAGAGAUAGAAUUUGGAACCGGCCUUGAUGAAGAGAUCAUUUUAAAGGCCCCAAUUGCAGCUCCUGAACCUGAACUCAAAACAGACCCAUCCUUGGAUCUUCAUUCAUUAAGCAGUGCAGAAACACAGCCUGCCCAGGAAGAACACAGAGAAGACCCAGAUUUUGAAACUAAAGAAGGAGGAGGACUUGAAGAGUGCUGUAAAAUAGAAGUGAAAGAAGAAAGUCCUGAAUCAAAAGCAGAAAGAGAAUUAAAAACUUCCCAGAAAUCAAUCAGAAGACACAGAAACAUGCAUUGCAAGGUUUCUUUGUUGGAUGACACAGUUUACGAAUGUGUUGUGGAGAAACAUGCUAAGGGACAGGAUUUGCUUAAACGAGUGUGUGAGCACCUCAAUCUUUUGGAAGAGGACUACUUCGGACUAGCCGUUUGGGAUAAUGCAACCUCUAAGACAUGGCUGGAUUCUGCCAAAGAAAUAAAAAAGCAGGUUCGUGGUGUCCCCUGGAAUUUCACCUUUAAUGUCAAGUUUUAUCCACCUGACCCAGCACAGUUAACAGAAGAUAUAACAAGGUAUUAUUUAUGCCUCCAGCUUCGACAGGACAUAGUUGCAGGACGUCUGCCCUGUUCCUUUGCAACCUUAGCGUUAUUAGGUUCUUAUACCAUCCAAUCUGAGCUGGGAGACUAUGACCCAGAACUUCAUGGUGCGGAUUAUGUUAGUGAUUUUAAACUGGCCCCAAAUCAGACCAAGGAACUUGAAGAGAAGGUCAUGGAACUGCAUAAGUCAUACAGGUCCAUGACUCCAGCUCAAGCUGACCUGGAAUUUCUUGAGAAUGCCAAAAAGUUGUCUAUGUAUGGUGUUGACCUUCAUAAAGCAAAGGACUUGGAGGGAGUGGAUAUCAUCCUAGGUGUCUGCUCUAGUGGCCUUCUGGUUUAUAAAGAUAAGCUGAGAAUUAACCGCUUUCCUUGGCCCAAAGUGCUGAAGAUUUCUUACAAACGUAGCAGCUUUUUCAUCAAGAUUCGACCUGGAGAGCAAGAGCAAUAUGAAAGUACCAUUGGAUUCAAACUUCCCAGUUACCGAGCAGCUAAGAAAUUAUGGAAAGUCUGUGUAGAGCAUCACACAUUUUUCAGACUGACAUCUACAGACACCAUUCCUAAAAGCAAAUUUCUUGCCCUGGGAUCCAAAUUUCGAUACAGUGGCCGGACUCAGGCUCAGACCAGGCAAGCUAGUGCUCUGAUUGACAGGCCUGCUCCACACUUUGAGCGUACAGCAAGCAAACGGGCAUCCCGGAGCCUUGAUGGAGCAGCGGCUGUUGAUUCAGACAGAAGUCCUCGGCCCACUUCUGCACCAGCCAUUGCUCAGAGUCAGGUCACAGAAGGCAGUGUUCCAGAUGCAUCCGUCAAAAAAACAGUGGUCUCUAAAGCACAGAAGGAAACAGUGAAGUUCGAAGUGAAAAAGGAAGAAGAGCCACCGGAGCAAGCUGAGCCAGAGCCCACGGAAGUGUGGAAGGUGGAAAAAACCCACAUCGAGGUCACAGUACCUACCUCAAAUGGUGACCAAACACAGAAGCUUGCAGAAAAAACGGAAGAUCUGAUAAGAAUGAGGAAGAAAAAGAGAGAGAGACUAGAUGGUGAAAACAUUUAUAUCAGACAUAGCAAUUUAAUGUUGGAGGAUUUAGACAAAAGUCAAGAAGAGAUAAAAAAACAUCAUGCCAGCAUCAGUGAGCUGAAAAAGAACUUUAUGGAAUCUGUACCAGAACCACGGCCUAGUGAAUGGGAUAAACGCUUAUCCACUCACUCCCCAUUCCGAACACUUAACAUCAAUGGGCAGCUUCCCACAGGAGAAGGAGUGAAGAAAAUCUCUGUCCUUCCCUCGGAAAGAAAGGUUGGUGGGCCAGAGACACAGGAACGUGCUCUGUUAGUGCAGGAUGAAGAGAAAAUUAAAAGGCAAGAGAGAUCUACUGAGAGAGCCUUGCCCCAGCAAGAAAAUGAAGAAAUUCUUCCCAAGGUUUCUAUUCCAAUCCCUGAGGAUCACAAGCCUCUCAAAAAGUGCCGCCUCUACUCUAGUACUUUCCCAUCACCUCGUAUUCCUUUCAUGAUGUCUUUUCUCGUGAUUCUUGCAUUGGCUGUUUGGUGGUUGGUCUUUCUGUGAUCGGAAGACAGGGUGCUCAUCUGAAAUGUCAAGACUAAAACCACUGAACUUUUGUUGUUUGCUUCUACUGUGUUGUCUCCUGUAUGAUGCCCUCUGAUCUUGAUAGUUCACUGUCCUAGGGGAGCUCUUUGUGAUCAUUUUUCUGUCAAUAAAAUGUUACUCUUUGUAGAAUAUGUAUUGUGGGGCACAAAGGAGUAGCAAUGGAUUGCCCAAGCCAGCUUUCCUCACUGAUAUUUAACAAGUUUAGACAAAUCAGAUUUAAGCAUAUGACAGUUGGUACUUUCCCCCCCCAAGCUUUAACUCUUAUCCUGCAUGUUCUUAUUGUUUACUGUUGCUGUCCUCCUCUUCAGUGUUUCACGCAAAGCAGGAUACUCUGUAGAAACAUUGGAUGGAAUAUUUCCUAAUCUUCUAUAGUCAUUUACAUGGCAUGGCCUCUGUAGUUUAAGGAAAAAAUUCAACUUGCUAAUUUUUCAAAAGCCUUAAAAUGAUACAUUUUAACCUAUGAAUCCAUAACCACUCCUUUUCUUGAGAUAUCAAACCAGUAUAUACAAAGGCCCUUUUUGGAAAAGGGCUUUUGACUUCUGUGGCCUUCUUAUGUGUAUUUCUGAGAUGUACAGAGAAAAACAACUCUAUCCUGCCUGGUGUAUAGAAGGUAUCUGCAAAGGUUAAACGCCAGCUUUUCACAAGUAGAAUGUUGAUGGUUUAAGGAAAAUGGUGCUGGUGCCCCUUAGCCUCCAGCCAGGGCUGAAUUUCCAGACCACUCUACCCAUCUUUAAAAGUCCUGGGAUACAGAUUUAUUCAAGAUCUGUACAUAAAUAUACCUUUCUCUGAAUUAAAAUGUUGUGUUACUUCUUUACAACUUAAGUAAUUAUAUUGCUAGAAGCAAUACUUAGCCAUUAUAGUAAGUUUAAAAUAUAUAUUGAUAUAUUCCGUUUUCCUGAUAGACCUCAGACCUGUUUAUUCCUACAUUUGUGUUGAAAUCAACUGUUUUUAAUUGAUGGCCUUGUGAGCUAAAAUUCUAUCGUGACAAGUAUGUGUCCUCUGUUUGCAUGUUGAUCUUCAAGGCUUCCCUGAAGUAAAUAUGAGUGUGCUCUGUCUUCACAACAUAGCUCGGAUACCUAACCUGUUAUUUUUUGCCUCCGUAUUAAUGAUAUCUUCUUGCAUGUAGCUUACUUUUUAUGGCACUUGAAUGUACCAAUAUGGAUAAUUUGAUUCAUGUUGUCACAAAUCUUUGUUUUGAAAUCUGAGUUCAUGAGGUUAUCAAACUGAGAUUUUUGCACUUUGUUUAUACUUCUCAACACUUUUUAAUUGAUGAAACUUCUAAACAAGACUUUCUGUUUUUAAGAUGAUGGCUUCUUAGAGCAAAAAAAGAGAGAACACUAAUGCCAAGAAUCUUUUGUCCUUCAACACCCACCACUAUUCUAUUUUCUCUGGAGACAUGUAGAAAUAAUUCUCUGGUAUUUUCCUAAAAAUUGCAACUCUAUCAUUACAGGCUUUCCCCCCAAAAUGGGAAAAGAAGUAAGGAGCAGGUUAAAUUUUAAAAUGUGUUAUGGGUGUGUAUCUUUCAUGUCACAGGCUAUGUCUGUUUAUAACAAAUAUUUUGGAACUAAGCAUAUUUCUUGAUUCACUCAUAAGAAAAGAGAGACUUCAAAUCAGCCUGACACAUUGCACAACUAUCCUCGAACACAGAAAGUGAUAAUCAUAAGUACUCCCCUUUAUCUAUGAAAUAGAAAUAUAAGAGCUUUCCUAAUGAAAUAACAAAACUAUAACAUUGGGUAGAGUCUUUUAAAAUUUUUUCGAGGAACUGAAAAGGAAAUAAUCAGGAUUUUAUUGAUACUUUUAUAACUGUUUAAGAUUAUAUUUCCAGUUUUCAUCCUGGUACACAGUUUUUUAUUAAUUAUUAUUGUAAACUUCACCUUGGAUUUUCUUUCCCUUUGUUUUAGAGCUGUUCCAAAUCCAUUCAAAGUCUAGUGUAAGCCAAUAGUAUUUUUCAGUUUUCUGAAGUGCAGCGGGAAUCCUCAGAGAUUCUUACUGAUAGAUAAAAGAGAGGCCCUUUCUUUUAUUAAUAGGAUAAGAAUGGUUGGGAGGAGAAGCGCCAAGCCUUUGUAUUGGAUUAAGCUGGUCAGUGCAGGUUCAAAAGAUGUAUCGAUCACAGUUAUCAAAGGAAAAAUAGUAGACAUUACAGCUUUGUGUUAACUAACAUUAAUACUGUUGAAAUUUGUAACAAAGCUGUGUAAGACUAGUCUUUCUUUCCUUCUCACAUCUCAUUCCAUUCUCAAUACCAGAGACAGAUACAAAUAACUGUGUAUUGGUUUUAUCCUGGGUCAGCUUCUUAAUGGCUGGUUGAUAAAUGAAAAACAAUUCUGGGUGGGGGUGGGGGUGGGGGGUGGCGCCUGGGUGGCUGAGUCAGUUAAGCGUCCAACUCUUGAUUUCAGCUCAGGUCAUAAUCUCACAGUUCGUGAGAUCGAGCCCUGUGUCGGUCUCUGCACUGACAGUGCGGAGUCUGCUUGAGAUUCUCUCUCCCUCUCUCUCUGCCCCUUCCCUGCUCACUCAUGCAUGCUCUCUUUCUUUCUCAAAAAUAAAUAAAUAAGCUUAAAAAAAAAAAAAAACCCAACAAACAAUUUGGACUAAAGGCAUCAAUGCAGACCAGUAAAAAAAUCUUCAUUGUUUUUUGUUUUGUUGUUUUUGUUUUUGUUUUUUGCCUUGGUUUUGCUUUUAAUCAUUUCUCGGGUGACUCUGAGUAGUUCACUUAACUACUUGGUGCCCAGAUUUCCACCUUGUAACAUAGAGACAAACCUACCUCAUGAGAAUGAAUCUGUAAUAUGUUCCAGGAACCAAAAGCUCUGGUUAUUGUUCAUUUCUUGAUAUUUUGUGGAUUGGCAAGAUAGAAACUUAAAAACAGACAUUAACUUUUUGGAAUUUUUCAUAUGAAAGCAAGCAGCUAAAUAGCUGUGUUGAUUUCCAUCUACUUUCUACUGAUAUUUGACCAAGUAUUAAAACUAUUAAAGGUAAAAAUGUCUUUUCAAAUUCAUCAUACUCUUAAGCAAUUCAUCUUAUCAUUAUGGUAUUCUUACAGUGGACCAAACUGGAAAAUAAACCCUGCAUCAAUCUUUUGGACCUAUCUUUUAGCCAUUUUCUUGUGCUAACACUUACAAUACAAAGGAGAUUCAGUUUGCAUGGGUCAAUUUUACAGCAUGUUUACAUCUUUGGUAAAAGUUUUGAAGGGAGAAGAUAUUGACUCUGUUGGCUAAUAUUAGACUAGGGAUCUUCUGUGGAUUAGAUUUCCAUUUGUCAUCCUAGAUCCUAGUAUAUUUCUUUCUAGGCGUUUGAGGUCUGGUUAUUUUUUAGAUGGCAUUACCGAGCAAAAUUUAUAUGUGGGCUUUACCUAGUGAUCACAUAUUUACAAAAGGAAGACAGAAAAUUCAAAAAUAAUUAGACACUUUCUCAUUGUUGCUGUGUUUUUGUUUUGUUUUCUGGCCAAGAGUAUUGAGUAUUGUAAAGAUAUAUAGAGGGGCGCCUGGGUGGCUCAGUCAGUUAAGCGUCUGACUUCAGCUCAGGUCAUGAUCUCACAGUUCAUGAGUUCGAGCCCUGCGUCGGGCUCUGUGCUGACAGCUCAGAGCCUGGAGCCUGCUUUGGAUUCUGUGUCUCCCUUUCUCUGCCCCACCCCUGCUUGUGCUCUGUCUCUGUCUCUCAAAAAUGAAUAAAUAUUAAAAACUUUUUGAAAAAAGAUACGUAGAACUUCUCCCCAGUUUCCCUGUAUUCUUCAUAGAAAUUAUAAAAUCCAAGCUUCUUUACAGCAUUCUCUACCACACUGAGGAAGAAAUCUUGCUUGUUUUCAUUGCACUCAAACUAACCUUGUUGUUUGUAACUUUGGUACUAGAAAUGGAAACGAGUUCUUAUUCUCUAUUAUGCAUGGCACAUGGGAUAACCGUAUCUGCCUCCUGUACAUUGUAGUGGAUAGUGGAUCAGUGAGUCUGCUCUCGUUUCUUGUUUCUGUUACCCCUCAUGCCUUAGGAUAUCCUUCUUUACUGCAGCAGAGCAUGAUACAAACAAACAUUGGUGUGGACCUGGGAUGGGGCACUGGAAACGGUUAAGAAGGUAUGGCUGUUAGAGCAAGGAAGCCACGUAAGGUUAGUCCAAAAGGGGAGCAGGGGUGGCUGUGAUCAGCAAUUACAAAUUCAUGGAGGAUUUCACUUCAUAAAUGAAAUUCUUAUCAUACUAGAACUUGAAAGACAAAAAGAAGAGAAAGUAAUUUAUUACUCCCACAGAUCAGAAAUACAAGCUAAAAGCUAAAUAACUUUAAACAUAGCCUAACUAAAUGUAUGGGUGACAGAUCGUUGAGGAAGUGUAUGCUUUAGGAACGCUUUUCUAAUCUUUUGUGAUUGAUAUCCUAGAGCAUAGCCUUCCCCUUUAUCAUAGUCAGAAUCCUAUUUGCAGUAAUUAGAAUAAAUCUAACAUGCCAAAGAUUAAAGGGCAGGAAAAAAGCAUGAGUCCCAACCAUCUCUCAGGUCCCCCCCCCCACACACACACACACAAGUUAUUAAAGGGUGCAAUUGAGUCUCUCAUUUUCCCCUCUACUGUCUCUUAAAGAAGAGUCUCCAUAUGUACAGGAUCCUAUCUCAGUAAAACACAGAGAAUAAGAAUUAAGGGGAAAACAUGGUUAUUGCUAUCCAUUUAUUCUUUGCACACUAGGACAAUGUAUGGCACAGAUGCAAAGAGGCAGAGUUAUCAGAAUUUUGGGGUUGGAUAAGCCCCUAAUGCAACUCCUCUCCACCCCAAUGCUUGACUCUUCUGUACAAUAUCACUUAGGGAUUUAAAGACCCUUUAUAGGCCAAGUGGUCACUAGCCUGUCAUUCAGUGUCUCCUAAGACAUAGCAUACUACAUCUUUGGACCUAAUCUGAUUUUUGCAUAUAAGUCAUUCUUAUAUUAACUCAAAAUCCAUUUCCCUAUAGCGUUCAUUUCUUGGCCCUGAAUGGAGGCAUCCUGAAGAAUUUUCCAUCUUCCACAUUAUAAGCUCUUCACAUAGUUAAGACUCUCAUGUAGGAGAUUAAUCAUAGCUCUUGCCCUCAGAUAACUUACCAUCUGAUAUCCAGAUCUGCCUCAAUAUUCCUCCUAACAUUUAUCCUCCUUUAUCCUUUCUUGUUCUCGCUGCCCUUGGUUUAUCAGCUCUUUUUGCUUUCUGGUCCGUUGCCCAUAGGUUACUCCCCUGUGGUUUAUUCAUCUUAGGUUCUUACCCGUUGACUUGCCAUCUCUCUUAAAAAGAACAUUUUGAAAUUUCCUAGAAAUCCCAGCUUCACAGAUGAUACAGGCACGUGGGAUUUAAAAAUUUUUUUUUAGAUAAAAGAGUGAGGGUAUGAUAGUUUUGUAGCUUUGGAAACGUCUUGUAGCCCAGUCUCUACUGACAAGACAGAAUCACUAUUCUGUUUCGAAGAAGCAUACCGCCUACAUCGUAAGUUUGUUUGCCUUCUCUGACAGCCUGACUAAUCUUUACAUACUUCGGCACCCCCAUGUGUUUUGAUUUAUACCAGUGUGACAUAAUAAACUUAUGGAAACUUACUUUCUGUUUAGCAUUCUGAUCAUGGCUUAGAUCCCCACCAGAAAAAGUGGUAUGAAAAAUUUGAAAUUUUGUUAAUCCAUCUCUUUUAGCUUGUCCCUGUCCCCUUAAAACUGUGAGAUUCUCAAAGGUGAGAGGCCUUGUUUUAUUCAUCUUUGUUUGCCAAUCUACCACCUUUGUAUCUCAAGAUACAUAGCAAAUAAUUAAAAUUUAUUAAAUUGAAUUAAAUGAUUAGUCACAAAUGGUAAUGGAUAAGCUUUAACUUUUCAUUUAGAAUUUCUUAUAUUGGGACACAAAUUUGUGCCAAAUUAAUCACCAUAUUCCUAAUUAGUAUAUGCAGGUAGCCCCCCCAAAAACCAUAUUUGGUCCAAAAUCCACUAUCUCUCUUAUUAAUCCUAUAGUGUGGUCUGUGGUUUAUGCAAAGAAUCUACAUUUACCUCUAUUGUAGGUAUCAGUCUCUCUUGUUAAUGUCUUGUAACUUGGUUCAAUUAAAAGCUCUUAUCCAUUUACCAAAGGUAGUAAAUUUUCCCUAUAGAAGGUAUCAUUGAGACUGGGUGCUUGUUUGUAUGUAUAAAUUCAUCUUGGAGUGUGAUACCAUAAAGGGAACCUGUUGACAAUUUGUGUUUAUCUAAAAUGCCUUGCAGAGAACAAUUUGACACAUUUUUCUUGUGUUUUACAUGGUAUAAAAACACCGAAUGUAUCAAACUCUUGUAAUCUCAAGGGUUUUUUAUAUCAGGUAGACCAGGAGUUGACAAACUUUUUCUAUAAAGGUCAGAUAAUAAAUAUUUUAGGCUUUGUAGGCCAUAUAGUCACUGUCAUAACUACUCACCUUUGCCAUUGUACAGUGAAAGCAGCAUAAACAAUAAACAAAUGAACGUAAAUGUGUUCCAAUCAGACUUUACGUAUGGACGCUGAAAUUUGAAUUUCAUACGAUUUUUAUGUGUCACUAAGUAUCAUUCUAUGUUUUCCAAGCCAUUUAAAAAUAUAAAACCAUUCUUUGCUCAUAGAAAUAUAAAAACAAGGAGAGGGCUGGAUUUGGACUGUUGGGUGUAGUUUGCUGACCCCUGAUAUUGGUCUAGAGAGCCAGAGAACUGAUUAAUUUAUUCUUUCUGCCUUUGUACUGUUUGAAGAGCUGUAGAUGCAAUCUUAGUGUCUUCAUUCAGUAUUGAAAUACUUUUGGCCUUUUUUGUGACUGGAAAUGGAAAACAAAAGGCAAGGCAUCUGUUCCUAUUUAUUGGGUAGUCGGGAUGCACCAGAACUGUAAUCAAACAUAUCUGUAACCCCCACAACACCUCUGCCUUUCUCAGUUUUCCAGAUUGUUCAAUGUCAACUGUGCUCCUAAUAUAUUUAGUGAUGAAUCCAGCUAACCCCUUUGUUUGGUUUGGUUUUUAAGGAUCUGCCUUCAUUUUCCCCUAAGAGAUAAAGAAACAAUUCCCAAAUUCAUCUUUUCUUUAGACAGGUUUUAGAGAUAUCUAACAAACAUGGUAAAGAAAGUGAAAUGAUUUUUCACUCUAGAGUUUUGGUACGCCUUAGUGUUUCAAGGAGUGGUAUAAAUUUAACGCUGGGAAUUUAAGGAAAACAUUUUAGAAGGGUUCCUCUUUCUAAAUAAAGAGAUUUCUCUAAGAGGAAUCCCCCAAUUCAGGAUCUAUUUGGGCAGUAUUUAUCAGUAAAUGAGAAUAAAAUUAAUUUAUAUUCUUUCAGAAAUGUCUUUGCUUCCUAGUUGACAUGGACAUGAUUGUGUCAAAGAUUCCUUGAUCUGUGGUUAGCUUUGGGAGGUGCUUUCUAAUAAAUCGGUGCACUUAUGUUCCCUUCAGUUCCCUGGUCCAGGAUGCAUUAGCUGUGAUACUAGGCUAAAUAGUCUAUCCAUUAGCAGUUCAGCAGGAUAUUUAAGCCUAAAGAAAUCUGCUAAGAACUUCUCUUUUGGAACGUUUUCUUUGAUAUUUUUCUCACGUUAUUUGCUCUUAGUAUGUAAAUUUAUCAUGAGUAAAUCUUAUUGAAAAUCUGA